AUGGACAUAUACAAGUCAGCAGCAGAGGGAGCCAAGAGCAAAGGGGACGAUCGAAAGGCUCGCAUGCACGAACGGAUUAUCAAGCAAUACCAGGAUGCCAUCAGAGCUCACAAAGCUGGACGACCUGUCAGCUUGUCUGACCUGCCCGUGCCGCCAGGCUGUCCACCACUUCAGGGCUCAGAGGGGGGCCAGCAGAACCUCAUGGGUGUCCUGGAAACAGCCAUGAAAAUAGCCAAUCAGGAUGCAGACGCAGAAGAUGAUGAAGAAGAGGAUGGACAAGGAAAGGCUGCCAAGCCUGCAGUGCGUCCACCCGCUCAGAAGGCAAAGUCUCCUGCUCCUCAGGCCCCCGGAGGUUCCUCAUCUCUAAAACUGGGAGCUAAAGCCCAGCAGCAAGUGGAUUUCCUGUUGCUAAGGCGACAGGCUUUUUUGCGUGCCGCGCUGCGCUCCAAACAGAUGAAGGACAUGACUGGAGCAGCGCAGCACCUCAGACACUCCAAGGGACUGGAGCCCAUGAUCACCGCUGCCAAGUCCGGCCUACCUGUUGAUAUUUCCAAGAUUCCCAGUGCUCCAGUCAGUGAGGAGGACUACUCCCUGGCUCGCUCCCGUACCUCCCCUCUCUCCCCUCGCUCCAGUGAACAGUACCACCGCCUAAUGGAGCUUUUGCGGAAGCAGCACGAGAAAUGUCUGGGCAAUUCUCAACAGCUCAUACUCUUGGGCAAUGUGGCCGAGGCUCUGAAGUUUGAGAAGCUUGUUGAGGAAUGUAUGAAGAGCAUAGAGAUACUGAAGAAUGCCCACGCGAAGGGCCAGCCAGUCCCCAAGUGCCGCACAGAAGAGAGGACCCUCAACACUGUCAAGAUCCACUCCAGCCUGACACUUAAUGACCUGAUGCUGUACAUCAUCAGAGGCAUCAACCUGCCAGCUCCCGCAGGUGUUUCACCUAAUGAUCUGGAUGCCAGUGUGAAGUUUGAGUUUCCUUUUCCCAGUGCGGAGGAGGCUCAGAGGGACAAGACCAGCACAGUAAAGAGCACAAACAGUCCAGAGUUUAAAGAGCAGUUCAAACUCAACAUAAACCGCACCCACCGAGGCUUCAAACGAGUCGUCCAGUCCAAAGGCAUCAAGUUUGAAAUCAUCCACAAGGGAGGCCUCUUUAAAACCGACAAAGUCGUGGGCACUGCUCAGCUGAAGCUAGAGGCUCUAGAAAACCACUGUGACGUUAGAGAGAUCAUAGACGUGAUGGAUGGACGUAAAGCGACAGGUGGCAAGUUGGAGGUGAUGGUGCAGAUCAGAGAGCCUUUAUCAGGAGCUGAUCUCCAGCCGGUGACUGAGAAGUGGCUGGUUGUCGAUCCUGUGUCCACCCUUUCUCCUACAGAGAGACAAAAGGAAAAAAAGGAACGGGCGCCAUCUCCUCCUCGGUCUAAACCCAAACAUGAAGCGAGCAGCAGGAGCAGUCAUUCCAGCAACUCUCCUCCACAGUACAAACUCCACAGCUUCAGCCUCCUCAGCUAUGACAGGGAGCGGCUGGAGAGAAAGAUUGCAGAAUACCGAAAGACGCGCCGGGAUCCCCCAUCUGACCUCAUCCAUCAACAUAAAGAGGUCACGUACAGACUGCAGUGGCAGAAAGCACAGCUGGAGCGAGCCUCUCCUGCUCUGCUGACAGAUUAUGAAAAUGUGCUGCAGCGCUUAGUCCAAGGACUCGCUGACUCUGUGAAGAAAUUCUCCAGCCAAGGCAACAGGGACGCUGCCAAGGACGCACUGAGCAGGUUGAAGAUGGUAGAGAGCGAGCUGGAAUCGUUAAAAAGGAAACGCACUGGAUGA